AUGGGUGGAGAUCAUAAGUGUCCACUGUGCUCGGCCACCUUUACGCGGCCACAGCAUGUUGGUCGCCACCUGCGCGCCCACACUGGUGACAGACCUUACGCGUGCAAGGAGUGCCCCCUCCGCUUCGCCCGCAGUGAUCUUCUGUCACGACACGUAAACAAGGCCCACCCUAAGCCCAACGGACAACAGCCCGAUAAGAAUGAGAAGAAGUCGCGGCGUAAGUCGAGCGCGAACUCGGCAUCGUCCGUCGGAGGUCGACCUUCCAUGCCCAUACAACCUCCUCCCAUGGCUGGACUGAACCCCACUCUCGCGGGUGUCUCGGCGCAGCGACCGAGUCAGCCUGAACCGACGCCGUAUCAGGCCCAGCGCAUGUACCCCAACCACCCCCUCCUUCAACAGAACAACAACGCUUGGAUCCCACGCAUGGACAUGAACGGAGAUCCUAACGCCAUGGCCUUCGGCCCUGCUGGUGGAAUACCGGAUGGGAAGGGGGGCUUGCUUGACCCCUCUCUCGCGUUCAUGUCUUAUGGCAUGCCCAUGCAGGGCGUCCCCGGCCAGGAAAACCAACUCUACAACGUUGGACCAGGCGGUGUGAUGGCCAUGCAGAGCAACAUGGGAUAUGAAAUCCCGGUCAAGAAGCGUGCCUGCGAUCAGUGUAACCACUCGAAGGUCCGCUGCGAUUUCGCUGAGCCGUGCGCGCGCUGUGCCCAUCGUUCCAUCCAAUGCACCUACGCCAAACCCCAGAAGGCUCGCUCGGCCGCCUUCACAAUGACGAGCCCCCAAACGAGUGUCAUGAACCGCUCCCCACCGUCAGGGCCGCAGGAGUCAACUGGACCCCAACCAGUGCCUGGAAGCAACUCAGCGGCCUGGGAGGCGAAGAUGGCAGCCGCCCAGCAAUUUUCGCAGGCAUCCGCCAUGGCCCAGAUGCAGCAGUCACCUAUACCUGCUGGCAUCGAGCUCACUCCCGCGCUGACGAACUCGACAAGUCCAACCGGAUCCUCUGAGGAUGCUGCUCUUGGCAGCACUGCUGGCUCCAAUGGCGGCUGGAUGAUCAAUGCUGCCAACUCUGGCACUGGUCUUGACCUCCAGCUGAACGGCUACAGUGGAAAUGCCUUCCAGGAACCUCAGUCUUUCGACCAGGCAUCUGUCUCGAGCUCUUACACCGACGGUUCUGGGGUCCACUGGAGGAACCCCUUCAAUUCCUCGGCUGUCGACGACGACGAGCUGUCUUCCAAUGCCAGUGUGUCUGACCCUAAGGAGAAGGAGCACGAGAGGCGCCCGUCCAGCACUUCUGCCGUCUGGGCGAACUCUUUCGACCAGCUGAAGCUCGACGACCAACAGUUCAACGUCGAUCCCGCUGCCAUGAACGACUUCCAGUACCACUCCCCGCACCGCAACAGCUCCCUGCCAAGCGACGCGCCUCCGACAUUCAGCCGUCAGCAGAGUGGAAACGAUUUCUGGAAGCUCUUCCUCGACCCCAUGGCUCUCGCCACACCUGACCGGAUCAACGACGGGGAGCAGUUCGUGACCGUGGAAACCCCUCGUGGUCUUAGCAAGUCGAACUCAAUGCCUGAUCUCACGACGCCCACGACGGCUACCGCCACUAUGUCGUCCUUCCCUCAAAUUAAGGAUGGACAGGUACUUCCCCACCCGCAGUCCAACAACCGCCCCAAGCCUGUUGACGACGAGGCUAUGCUCAAGUGGAAGGACCACAUCCAGCAGCGCCAUGCUUCUUUCAGCAUGCACCUUGGCCCUAAGUCCAAUGGCUUGCCGCCCAGGGAGUUGACCAACCCCUCUUUUGCCUCGUCUAGGCUUAACCGGCCCUCUGCCAACCCUCUGCUCAUGUGUACUACUUUGCUUGAGCAGACUCUGGCUCCUGAGCGCAUGCCUUCGUUUGGCACGCCAACGCCAGGGUACGAUGCCAUCCGGGCGCCGUCGAAGCUGCCACUUUCGCACCUGGCCGCGGAGCGUCCUACGUACAAGCGCCAAGCUAGCCAGACGCUUACUCAGGACACUCAGAAGCGUGCCACUUUCAUGACGGGUCCCAACGAUGAGGCAAACAGCUCUACCGCCUCAUCUCGCCGUUCUUCGGAAGGAUUACAGCAGUCGCUCAUGCCCGUCCAGGUGCAGCUUCCCCAUCGCCGUUCCGUGCCGUUCACCACACCCUUCCAGCCCAUUCCCACCGUGACCGACCCUCAACGUGCGGCAUAA